UCCAUUGUUACUACAGCGACUCGAAGAAGUUUGCGCCGACCUGCCGCUGCUGCACCUAUGAGUCUCCACGUUCAAUGAAUAGCCGCGGCCCGCGCGACACGAGCGCGACCCGAUUAUGCCGAGAUAAAGAGCAUCUGCCUCGCGCUCCGUCCGAUAAUGGCAUGCGAUGGUCUGCACGCGGAGGACUUCCCGGACAAAGUGAUGCCCAGAGCGGCUCCCUGCACGUGCCACAAGAAGUGUAGGAGUCGCGGCAGCAGCGUAGUCUUCCUGGGAUUAUUCCUGCUGUCCCUGUCUCUGCACGCUGUCACCCUCGUCUGCUAUUUGGAUCUGCGCUCCGAAGUCAAACGGGAAAUUAUCCACCAGAAGCGGGACUCCAUGUUGUCAUUAGCGGGGAGCGACCCGGCUGACCCGGCGCCGCCGCUCGCGCCCGGGCACGCGCGCCUGGACUCCGGUAGCAGCCACGGCGGAGAGGGUCGCGAGGAGAACGCACUGCACAGAAAUAGUGACGUCCGUGCCACAGAGGACAACAGGGGCAUAACUCAGCGAGCGAAAAGGAGCCCCGGCAAGCAGCCAGAAGCAGAAUUGACUGGGAAGGAAAGAAAGAAGGACAGGAAAAAAGGGAAGAAAAGGUCUGUGCCAGGCCCCCCUGGUCCCCCUGGUCCCCCGGGCCCCCAGGGGCCACCAGGCAUCCCUGGCAUCCCUGGGAUUCCAGGAAGCAAUGCUGUAGGACCAGCAGGACCCCCUGGACCUCCCGGGCCACAAGGACCGCCGGGCGCUCAAGGUCCUGCAGGGGUUGUCGAUAAGGCCAAAACAAAGGAAUUCCAGCCUGCCGUCGUCCACUUGCAGGGGCAGGAAACCACUAUCCAAGUGAGAGAAGACCUGUCCGAAGGCAUCCUGAGGAACUGGAAGAUGUUGUCCAUCCACCAUCGCGUGUUUAAAAUGCACUCUCGCUCUGGAGAGCUGGAGGUGCUGCUGGACGGUGUCUACUUCAUAUAUAGUCAGGUAGAAGUGUACUACCUCAACUUCACUGACAUUGCCAGCUAUGAGGUGAUGGUGGACUCCAACCCGUUCCUGCGCUGCACCUGCAGCAUCGAGACGGGCCAGCGCAAGUUCAACACCUGCUACACGGCUGGCGUGAGCCUGCUCCGUGCGGGCCAGAGGAUCUCCAUACGCAUCGUCUACGAGGACACGCUCAUCAGCAUGACCAACCACACCACCUUCCUGGGAAGCGUCAGACUCGGAGAGGCUCCAUCUGCUGGGCAGAACUGAUAAUUACACAGCCGCCAGCCCUCUGCAUGAAUAAGAACGUCACACACAGUGAAAACAGAUCAGCCCAGAGUCACGCUGUCUCAUCAUCUUGCCCAAUGUAGGAUUUAUGAAUCCAUUAGCUGCAACUUCUAGCCUGAGUUUGGCCCCUGUUGUGAAGACACUUAAUCUCCCUCCCUAAGACCUCUAGGUCUUUAAAGUUGAGAAAUACCAAGUGACUCGGGUUGACUUUAAUGUCUAUCUAUUAGAAAGGACGACUUGGACUUUUCUGCCCCCCCCCCCCUCGCACUUGUCCUGCGCAAAGAGAUCAGCUACAGUAAAUUUCCUCAUCAAACAGCCGUAUCUAUUUAUAGUUGCAACUUUGUGUCAACACAGCCAGCAUCUCGCUUCAUAACACAGAAGGACACUGCGCUGACGGAAACUUAAUAGUUACACACUUUCAAGUGCUGUUGAAUGAUAAUCUUGUAUCUCCAAACCUACCAGCUGUUACAGAUGUUUCAUUCACACUUUGUAUACUCAGCAUUUUUAAUUAAUUUAAUUGUUAGUGGUUAUAAGUGAGUGGUUUACCAAAGAAAAUACCAAGAUAAAAUAAUAGUAUGAGAUCAUAUAAGCGUUGAAAGCCAAUCUGAAGUCUAUCUAUGCAAAGCUGAGAGCAAUCUACUAAAACUGGAGGUAUAAGGCAGUCAUAGAACAACAGCACUAUAUAUUUUGCGCACAUUUGCACUACAGCAUCUCUGCAGAAUAUCAGCGAUAUGUUUUGUUGCCGUGCUGUUGUUUAGUUACCAUAUGAGUGAAUCCAUGUGGGAAAAUGAUAGUUGUUUAUACGUCUCUGUACAUAUUGUAUAUAAAAUGGGAUAUACUUUUGUAAAUGGAGUUGAUUGAUGGAUUAAAAUGUUUCAUUUUCUGUCCGAA